CAGGAAUGGCUGAGUGUUAAGAUGUGGAUUCACUCAGUUAUGAGCGGAGUGAUCAGGACUCUGUGCUGGCUGUUCUGCUUUGAAGGAUGAUGAAAAAGUUGCUGCCGUUCCUGCUCCUUGUUUCCCAGCAUGCUCUGGCUGUGGUGGUGGAGGUGAAUGAGGGGGAGAUGUCUGUCCUGCUGCCUUGCAAGUACUCGGGUUUUAUACCUGAGGACCCAACAAUCCUGUGGACUCGCAGUGAUCUCAAUCCCAAAUCUGUCCAUGUGAGACAAGAAGAAACAGAUGAUCUUAGAGGACAAAACCAGCAUUACAGCGGGCGCACAUCAAUGAGGUCUGAUGCUCUGGACACUUCAGCCUCACUCUGAGAAAAACCAAGAAAGACUGACACUGGGAAAUACACCUGCUCCAUCGGUGCUGGGAGAGGAGAAGAAUUGAGACUGAGAGACUUACAGCUGCAGGUCAAAGACCAGCAGGUGGAGGUGAAGGUGGAGGAAGGGUCAGAGUCUGUCAUCCUGCCCUGCAAAACAACACCUGACCUGCCUGAGGACACCACAGUGGAGUGGACUCGCUCUGACCAUGGACUCAUGGUGGCCCAUGUGUAUUCAAACAGGAGUGACGACCUUAAGAACCAGGACAACCUUUACUGUGGUCGCACGAAGAUGAAUGAAGACCUGCUGAGAAUGGGAGACCUCAGUCUGACCCUGAAAUACCCCACAGAGAGAGACAGUGGAGGAUACAUCUGCACCAUCUACAGGGACAAAGACAUCCUGAGACAGAAAGUAGUGCUGCACCAUGUCAGAGAACCAUUUCCAUCCUGGGCCAAAGCGCUCCUCAUUCUCCUUGUUCUGGUUUUGGUUCUUGGGGGUGUUUUAUUUCUUUUCCAACACAUUUUCAGAAAAGUCUUCUUCGUUCUCCAGGUUGAGGUGGAGUCAGGGGCUGAGUCUGUCCAGCUGCCCUGCAAAGCCACAUUUUAUUUACCUGAAGAUGUUAAAGUGGAAUGGACAGAUAGAGACAACAGGGCGAUUCAUGUGUAUCAUAGUGGCUCGGACCAGCCUGAUGAACAGGACUGGCUUUUCAAAGAACGAACAAGGAUGAAUAAAGACCCGCUGAAAACUGGAGACCUCACUUUGACUGUGAACUACCCCAUACAGUGGAACGGAGACAUCUGCACCUGCACCGUCUACAGCAGGGAGGGAAGCAUCCUGAUGAAGAAGCGAGUGGAGCUGAAAGUCAGAGAUUGUCCGGUGGAGGUGGAGGAAGGGGUGGAUUCUGUCCAGCUACCAUUCAAAACCACUGGUGAUCUACCUGGUGACACUAAAGUGGAGUGGAGACGCAUUGAACCCAAAACACUUAUGACUGUCCAUAUUUAUCAGAACGGCUCUGACCAGCCUGAAGAACAGAACCAGGAUUACAGAGACCGAACGAAGAUGAAUGAAGACCUGCUGAAAACUGGAGACCUCAGUCUGACCCUGAAACACCCCACAGAGAGAGACAGUGGGAGAUACAGAUGUGGAGCUUACAGACGGGAGAGUAACAUAUGGAGGGAGAAAACAGUGCUACUUAGGGUCAAAGGAGAGUUCAAAUCGGGAAUCAAAGAGGGGAGAUCCAGCUCAGCUGAUGCAACUCAUCUGAUAGCUGAUCAAUCAGUUUGAUGCAUGACUGAUUUGAUCAAUAAUCAAACAAUAAGUGAUGAAGACAGGAGGACAUACUCAAUGCUAUUUAUGUCAAAACCAAGACUAAAAGUGCUAGAUGAAAAAGUUACUUUAACAAUGAAAUAGAUUGUGAUGUACACAGAUAAAGCAGUUUAAUGUGU